AUGAAAGCCAUCAGCCCGGUGCGGUCGGUCAGGAGCUGCUACGAGGCCGUGUGCUGCCUCUCCGACCAGAGCCUGGCCAUCGCCCGGGGGAGCAGCGACAAGAGCCCGGCCCUGGAGGAGCCCAUGAGCCUCCUGUACGACAUGAACGACUGCUACUCCAAGCUGCGCGAGCUGGUGCCCGGCAUCCCGCAGGGCAGCAAGGUCAGCCAGGUGGAGAUCCUCCAGCACGUCAUCGACUACAUCUUCGACCUCCAGAUCGUCUUGGAGGAGCAGGCGAAGAAAGGGCAGGAUCCGUCCGCCGAGGCUUCGCUGCUCUCCUUAAAAGCGGCAGAGCUGGCCUCAGAACUCUGCUCAAAAGAUGAGCGAAACCUGUGCCACUAACGCCUCAACAGACUGCAGGUGUGGGAUCCUGACACUUGGUUCUCUCCAAUGAGAGAGGGA